UGGCGGCUGCGGCGGCGGAGCUGCGGGCCGGGAGCCGGCGCGGGUCUCUUGGGUAAGCGAAGAGCCGCGCAGUGCUGAGCCCGCCGCCCGCCGUGGAGCCAUGGAGAUCGGCACCGAGAUUAGCCGCAAGAUCCGGAGUGCCAUUAAGGGGAAAUUGCAAGAAUUAGGAGCUUAUGUUGAUGAAGAACUUCCUGAUUACAUUAUGGUGAUGGUGGCCAACAAGAAAAGUCAGGACCAAAUGACAGAGGACCUGUCCCUGUUUCUAGGGAACAACACAAUUCGAUUCACCGUAUGGCUUCACGGUGUAUUAGAUAAACUUCGCUCUGUUACAACUGAUCCCUCCAGUCUCAAGUCUUCUGAUACCAACAUCUUUGAUAAUAACGUGUCUUCAAACAAGAGCAGUUUCGGUCGGGGAGACGAGAGAAGACAUGAAGCUGCAGUGCCACCCCUCGCAGUUGGUAGCACAAGACCUGAGAAAAGAGAUUCCAGGGUUUCUACUAGUUCACAGGAGCAGAAAACCACUAAUGUUAGACAGACUUAUGAUGAUGGAGCUGCAACCCGAUUAAUGUCAACUGUGAAGCCUCUGAGGGAGCCAGCACCCUCUGAAGAUGUGAUUGAUAUUAAGCCAGAACCAGAUGAUCUCAUUGAUGAAGACCUCAAUUUUGUGCAGGAGAAUCCCUUAUCUCAGAAAAAACCGACAGUGACACUUACGUAUGGUUCUUCUCGCCCUUCUAUUGAAAUUUAUCGACCACCUGCAAGUCGAAAUGCAGAUAGUGGUGCUCAUUUAAACAGGUUGCAAUUUCAGCAGCAACAAAACAAUAUUCAUGCUGCCAAGCAACCUGAUUUACAGAACAGCCGGGUAUAUGAAACAGGACGUUUGUGUGAACAGGAAGUGCUUAACAGCUUAGAAGAGACUUAUAGUCCCUUCUUCAGAAACAACUCAGAAAAAAUGAGUAUUGAGGAAGAAAACUUUCGGAAGAGAAAGUUGCCUGUGGUAAGUUCAGUUGUUAAAGUAAAAAAAUUCAAUCAUGAUGGAGAAGAGGAGGAGGAAGAUGAUGAUUGUGGGUCUCGUACAGGAAGCAUCUCCAGCAGUGUGUCAGUGCCAGCAAAGCCUGAAAGGAGACCUUCACUUCCACCUUCUAAACAAGCUAACAAGAAUCUAAUUUUGAAGGCUAUAUCUGAAGCUCAAGAAUCUGUAACAAAAACAACUAACUAUUCUACAGUCUCACAGAAACAGACACUUCCAGUUGCUCCCAGAACUCGAACUUCUCAAGAAGAAUUGCUGGCAGAAAUGGUCCAGGGGCAAAGCAGGACCCCCAGGAUAAGUCCUCCCAUUAAAGAAGAGGAAACAAAAGGAGAUAAUAUAGAAAAAAGCCAAGGAGCUCCACAGAGGCAGUUGUUAUCCCGACUACAAAUCGACCCAGUAAUGGCAGAAACUCUGCAGAUCAGUCAAGAUUACUAUGACAUGGAAUCCAUGGUCCAUGCAGACACAAGAUCAUUUAUUCUGAAGAAGCCAAAGCUGUCUGAGGAAAUAGUAGUGGCACCAAACCAGGAGUCGGGGAUGAAGACUGCAGAUACCCUUCGGGUACUUUCAGGACACCUUAUGCAGACACGAGAUCUUGUACAACCAGAUAAACCUGCAAGUCCCAAGUUUAUAGUGACGCUGGAUGGUGUCCCCAGCCCCCCAGGAUACAUGUCAGAUCAAGAGGAGGACAUGUGCUUUGAAGGAAUGAAACCUGUAAACCAAACUGCAGCCGCGAGCAAGGGACUCAGAGGUCUCCUCCACCCACAGCAGUUGCAGUUGAUGAGCAGGCAGCUUGAUGACCCAAAUGGUAGCUUUGCAAAUGCUGAGAUGAGUGAACUGAGUGUGGCCCAGAAACCAGAAAAACUUCUGGAGCGUUGCAAGUACUGGCCUGCCUGUAAAAAUGGGGAUGAGUGUGCUUACCAUCAUCCUGUUUCACCUUGCAAAGCCUUCCCCAAUUGUAAAUUUGCUGAGAAGUGUUUGUUUGUUCAUCCAAAUUGUAAAUAUGAUGCAAAAUGUACUAAACCAGAUUGUCCCUUCACUCAUAUGAGUAGAAGAAUUCCAGUACUGCCUCUAAAACCAGCAGUUACAACACCAGCACCACCUUCUAGUAGUCAGCUGUGCCGUUAUUUCCCUGCUUGUAAGAAAAUGGAAUGUCCCUUCUAUCAUCCAAAACACUGCAGAUUUAACACUCAGUGUACCAGACCUGACUGCACAUUUUAUCAUCCCACCAUCACUGUACCGCCACGACAUGCCUUGAAAUGGAUUCGACCUCAAACCAGUGAAUGACAGUGCUACUUGGGAGAAGAUUGUGGAGUUUGAAAGUUUCCAUCUACUGAUGAAAGAUACUCUGCAGAACUUGUCAAACCUUUGAAACUUGGAAUAUAUAUUGCUUUCAUAAUAUGAAGUUUAUUGCCUAUCUGAAGUGUCUAAUUUUUCUAGUUUGUAAGUUUAUUAAGUGGUUUUAACAUUGGGUGUUUUUUGUUUGUUUUGACUGUGAAAAGACAGUUUAAAGGAAAAGCUAAAUUCCAUUAAAACCUUUGAGGCUUGUUUGUACACUGCAAUUUCAGUCUCAGCAUUUACAGUGUGGUGAUAUUGUCAGUGCUGAUAAUCCACUCCGGGGCUAUGAUGUUGAUACAUGUUUAGUAAGAGGAGCAUUCUAACUCUAAAGUUGGAUUGCACUCACUUUUCCCAAGGGCUAUCCACUGUGAAAACAGGAGUGGCCAGAAGUGUGGAGGCAGCUGAAAAAAGUCAUUCAGUCCUUUUUAAUUUCAAGAGAAUUUAGUUUGAAAAGCAUGGCUUUUGGGCUUGAGUGAUGCUUUGGUGAAUGGUUCCCAAAUAGCUGGUCCCUUACCAGUGUCCGGGAAAGCCAGCUGCGAUGGCAAGUGCAAAACAACAGGAACAGUUCCUUCAAAUGCUUUACUGUUAACAUACACUUUUUAAAUAAAUAUUUUGGGAAUGCAUUUUAUCACAAAAUUAUACAAAUUUUUUUUUUUUACAGUUCUAUAUACAGAAGGUAUCAGAAAACAGACUUUAAACUCACAAGAUUAUACAUGUAUUUUCACAUUCUGAAAAAUAACAUUUUCAGAAAUCCACAGAAAAUUUUUUUAAUGUAAAAAUUAGAUUUAAAUAGUAUAUUUUCAAUGACUAAUUACAGAAAUCAGAUGGGUAAACUGCAAAGUAGGACUAAACUUUUGGACUAUUGAAUCAACACCCAGUUUUCUGUGUGUGGUUUUUAAAAUAGUUAAGGCAAGAAGUGUCAGAUGCUUUAGAAUUAAAUAACGGAUCACUGAUUUUAAAGACUUGAUGUACAGCAGUUUUUAAAAAAAAAAGCUAAAAGUUGGUUGGAACAGAGUGAACUAAUGCAAAAGAGAUAAAGACCCAAACAUUCUCAGGACCAAAUUAAACUAACUUAAAAGUUCAUUAGUUAUAUACCCAAGGGAUAAUAAAACAGCAUGUGUAAAAAGUCCAUGUUUAAGAGCAUGAAACCAGUCUGUUUUGAGGCCAUUGCUUUUCCAUGGGUAGAAGAAAGAACCAAUUAUUAAACCAUUUGUAAGUUGCACUUCGCUGUGCUGAUUGGUAGGGAAAGACAGAGCCCUCACGUAGUUAGGCUGGGGUGAAAUGACCAUUCUGCUUCAGUCUAAAAAGUUGACUCCUCUGAAUUUAAGGCAUUUGUUCAUUCCAGUGCUACUCAAGAUUGAGCUUUAUGUCUUUGCAGAAGAAAUUUAAGUUGUAUUUAUAGAAAUUUUAAGACUUUUAGUAACAUCAUUUAUAAAUGGCAUAUAGUUGCAUUUUCCUAAUUUCACUACAAAGAACAUAAACGGGAAACGGCCUAAGUUUGGUUCAACCAUCUCACAAGUCAGUGACGUGCUAAAAGCAGGUUUUUGUUUUUUUUGUUUUUUUUUGCCAUUUAAUAAACACUGCCUGGGAAUACAUUUAAGAGUUUGUUACCUUCAGCUGCUCUGGUUUACAGGCAAGCUGAGGUUGACUCUACAUCUGUUGGAUAACUUGGUCUAACGUGAACCACCAUGAAAAAGAACCACCAGAAGGAAAGGAACACCUGUGGCCGGUGGUGUGCAGCGAGUGGCACGAGCGUGCACGGUGUGCUUUGGCGUGCGUUUAUACACAGAAACAGGACCAAAUGUGCCAGGACUCUCAAGUUACAAAUUCGGGAGCUUAGUCAAAUACUGCACAUAAAAGUAAAUCUCUGGGUUAAAAAAAUAACACAGGGCAGAAUCUUCAUAACCUACCACGGUUACUCACCUUCCCUUAGCUGAUGGCUGGUACAAACAAGGUGGUUGUGGGGUAACUACUUAAAAUCCACAGUUUGAGUCCUGAAGCUGACAGCAGGGAUUAAGGCUGGCUUAGUAGGCUGGCCGCUGGAACAAAAACGCAGUGGAAGCAUUUUUGUGCUCUAUGCCUUAUACUUUGUUACGGUUAUUACUAGAGUUUCUACCUGUACCACGAAAUGGGAUUUCUCUUUAGCCAAAAGCUAGCAAACCUGGCUCAGAAGGAAAGUUUGAAAGUGCAACAGGCUCAAAAACGGGAAGGGAGAGGGUGGUUCAGGGAAAUUUCUUUAAUUUAUUGAGCCCCUUUAUAAUAUACAUGGAUAGAAAUUUAAUAUUAGCAUAUUUCUAAAAUUUGGCUCAAUUUGGGAGAAUCCAUUGAUGUGACUAUGAGCUUAUGUUUCGAGCUUAAUCAUGCCUUAAUCAGUCCUUCAGACAACAGCUACAAUUCAGAGCUUUAAAACUGACCAUGUUCAAUCACCGGUUAGGCUUUCUGUGAUAUGAUUAAGCUAUUUCUGUUUUUAGUAUUUCCAAGGUGUUGGGCAUACAAAAUCGAGCUCAGGCCAAACUGAGAUUUCCAGAACCUGAAGGGGUCUAUUAUGCUACAAAGAUAAUUAACACAUUAAAAUAAUUCAUAUGACCAGUAGAGCAUUUUAAACUUUUUCACACUUAGAAAAAUAUAUUUUUAAAUAGCAAUCUACAUAAUCUCCAAUCUUCAGGAAACUACAGACAGGCUAAACAGCAAAUUCCUGAACGGCAAGUACUGAUCUUUGGCAGCAUUGAAGUGAAUAGGGAUAAAGAUCUAACAGUUCAGCCCUAAUCCACCAAAAAGGAAUUUUAAUAGACAAGUGUUACAAGUGGACCUGUAUUCAUUCCUUCUGGAAGUCAGCCUAUGGGGUGGCAUACAGCUAAUUAGUAAAUUUUUUAAAUAGAAACAAAAGCUAUAAAAACUUCCAAGAGCUACUAAAUUGUUUAACUUUGUAAAUGUGACCUUGAACAUUUCAGUGUACAUGUUAAACAGGUGUUUCUACUAGACUACAUCUUUAAAUAUUCAGUAUGCUCUCCCGGUUAACUACUACUGCUCUCUAAACCUUUAACCACUGGAAAGGACUGUUCAGCAUACUACUUUCUCAUUGAUGAAGCUAUAAUCAUGUUCUAGUAUUUCAGCUAGAGAGAGGACUUGUGAACAUUAAAGGAUCGACAGCUCAACCAUGAAAAUGUAGUGCUCAUAUACUACUAACUUUGGAUUUGUUCCUGAAUUUAAAACUGUCAGGAGAAAAGUGUCCUUUAUAAAAAGAGGUUUAUUGAUGCUUAAGUAGCAUUAUCUUCUCCGGUAAAGCUUGUGUGUGUUUCCUUAGGGAAAAUAAUUGUUCACCUUUUAAAAGCUGUGAUCCUUUAGGGUGAUGGUGUGUUUUCUUUCCUUAUGUAAACACGAGGAAAAGAAUAAGUCAUUAAAUAAUGAACCUUAAAAAUAAACUAGAAAUUCUAAAGAA